CGAAACACUCGUUUUUUGUAUCACCUAACCUCAUCAACUACUAAUCUCAAAAAUGUUAUGUUAAACGAAAAAUAAAGCCGACAAAGGUUUAUUGCCACCAGGAACAAUGAGCGAAUCGUCCAAAUCAUCAUCAAAGCGAAUAACUCUCAUUAAAAAUGAAAUACAUCGUGGAUAUUGCAUAUUGUUGCCAGAAACAAUGGAAGAACUACUUGACACAUCAAAAUCCUACUUCGGCUCAAACUUUGUAUAUAUUUUUAAUGCGUUUGGGGGACAAAUAACUGACAUAGAUGUGAUAAGAGAUAAUGAUGUGCUUUAUGUAUCUGAAACUGAGAAUAAUAUUAAGCCUGAAAUGUUAAAACUGCAAACAGUGCAAGACUGGAUUACACUUAAUGUCGGCGGGAAAUAUUUCACCACAUCAAAGAGUACUUUACAAUCAGAUCCUGACAGUAUGCUGGCACGAAUGUUUCAAGAGAGUGAAGAAGGUUCCUUCCUAUACACCCCCAGCAACGUUGACGCCAAGGGAGCAUUUUUAAUCGACCGCAAUCCAACAUAUUUCGAACAGAUUCUGAAUUACCUCAGAACUGGAAAAUUAAUCUUUGAUAAACAUAUUAAUCCAGAAGGGUUAUUGGAAGAAGCCAAAUUCUUUGGCAUUCCAUCACUCAUGACACAAUUGGAAGAAUUCAAAGAGAAACAAGAAGUGAAAGAAGUGCCUCUGAAUCGUCGUGAUGUAGUAAACGCGCUCAUACGAUGUCCGCAAUCUGCCGAGCUGCGUUUUCAAGGCGUGAAUCUACAAGGAGCAGAUUUAAGUAAACUUGAUUUAAGAAAUAUCAACUUUAAAUACGCCAAUCUUAAGGGAUGCAAGUUAAUAGGAGCGAAUUUAAGUUGGUGUUCUUUAGAACGCGCUGAUUUUUCACAGACUGAGAUGGAUGGUGCACAGAUGAUGGCUGUAAAAUGUGUUUGUGCCAAUUUCGAGGGCGCCGUGAUGAGAAACUGCAAUUUUGAAGACCCGAAUGGAACUAGGGCAAACAUGGAAGGUGCUAAUUUUAAGAGCGCAAAUCUGGAAGGAUCACAGAUGAGCGGUGUUAAUCUAAGAGUAGCGACGUUAAAAAAUGCAAAUUUAAAGAACUGCGAUUUGAAGUGGUCGGAAUUGGCUGGGGCCGAUUUGGAAUUCUGUGAUUUAUCGGGGAGUGAUUUACAUGAGGCUAAUCUACGGGGAGCGAAUCUCAAGGACGCAGCUUUUGAAUGGAUGCUGUCACCGUUGCACAUGUCGCAAACUAUUCGAUAGAGUAUUAUUAUUAUUAUUUGUGUUACAAUGUUCAGUAACGUUAAGUAGGAUUUAAGUUUUAAAGUUGCAACUGUAAGUUAUGUGUAUAUGCUCAAACAUUUGAAUAAAAUAUAUUCACUAUACAA